ACUGCUGAAUGGUAUGAUCCAGCGGACUGUUGCAAUGCUUCGGAAGAGAGCAUAUACAUAUUGAAUACAUUAUAGCAGAGACACAUCUUUUACAGCGCUGGACGUUUCGGCUUCAUUAUAACGCAUGAAGUACGAACGCAUCGGUAUUUCGAAAUGCAUGCUGGGACAAACAGAUGGCUUAUUUGUUUCAUCUCCGUACUCGUCCGUAUGUACCAAUAUAGGUAAAAACGGGGCUUUGGACAAACGCGGAGCACCUAUACGUGGAGUCAUCUGAAAGUUAAUUGGAUUGCGGGCCUUGCGACGAUACUUGCGUGUUUUGCGGACUUCAUUCCCACGCAUAGUGCGCGAGGCAGUAGAGUCCAGAGAUCUGAGGGCUGAUAAAUUACUGACAAUGAACGUGGAUUUACCUCCAGGCGCAACAUGGCUGAUGCUUAGAUGUUUAUUGGAAAAGUUUAGCCACGACCAUUAGGAAAGUUUGCGAAAAGGGACAUAAUUCAACUCCGAUUCGGAUCAGGCUGGAUAAGACUAUAGGAAAUCAAAGCGAGCGUAGCUCUCCGUCGGUCAGUUUGGUCCCUGCGUAACAGCAAACCAACACCGAGGACUUUACCUAAAUAUUCUCGCUUAACUUGUGAUCAUACAUUAGAAAUGCAUUUCUCCAUCCCCGAGACGGAGGUCCGGUCCGAUGAAAACGGAUCGUCAUAUGUGGCUUACAAUAUCCAUGUCAAUGGUGUCUUGCACUGUCGCGUACGUUACAGACAACUUCUUGGCCUCCAUGAACAGAUGAAAAAAGAAUAUGGAAAUAACGUUGUGCCGGCGUUUCCGCCAAAGAAGAUCUUCACCCUCACACCAGCAGAAGUCGAUCAGAGAAGAGAACUGCUAGAAAAAUAUAUGCAAGCUGUUCGGCAGGAUCCUAUUCUGGGAUCCAGUGAGAUAUUUAACAGCUUUUUGAGAAAAGCCCAACAGGAGACCCAGAAGAUCCCCACUGAGGAUGUGCAGCUGGAAAUCUACCUGUCCAACGGCCAGAAGGUCAACAUUAACAUCCUCACGUCUGACCAGACCGAAGACGUUCUGGAGGCCGUGGCUUCAAAGCUCGACCUCCCCGAUGAGCUGGUGGGAUACUUCAGCCUCUUUCUGGUUCAGGAGAGGGAAGAUGGGGGCUGCACAUACGUGAGAAAACUGCAAGAGUUUGAGCUGCCCUACGUGUCUGUCACCAGCUUGCACAGUCCUGAAUACCACAUCGUCCUCCGCAAAAGCUAUUGGGACACAGCAUAUGACAGCGAUGUCAUGGACAACCGUGUGGGGCUGAACUUGUUAUAUGCUCAGACGGUGUCUGACAUUGAGCGGGGCUGGAUCUUGGUGAAUAAAGAUCAGCACAGACAGCUCAAAUCCCUGCAGGAGAAGGGCUCAAAGAAGGAGUUUAUCAGAUUGGCUCAGACGUUGAAAUAUUACGGCUACAUCAAGUUUGAUCCUUGCAUCACAGAUUUUCCAGAGAAAGGCUGUCACGUCAUAGUCGGCGCCGGCAACAACGAACUCAACUUUCAUGUCAAGCUGCCCAGUGAGCAGAUGAAAGAGGGCAGCUUCAAAGUCACACGCAUGAGAUGCUGGCGGGUCACGUCAUCUCAGGUGCCUGUGGCGAACGGUACCACCAACCCGAGCAGUUCCACUAAAUGCGAUGUGAAACUAGAACUGGCCUUCGAAUACUUGAUGAGCAAAGACCGUCUGCAGUGGGUCACAAUCACCAGUCAACAGGCUAUCAUGAUGAGCAUCUGUCUUCAAUCUAUGGUAGAUGAGCUUAUGGUGAAGAAAUCUGGCGGGAGCAUUAAAAAGCAGAUGCAGAAGAAGCGACUGAACGGCACUGUCCAUCGAUCUGAUAGUCAGCAGGCUGUAAAAUCUCCUCCAUUACUGGAUUCUCCUGAUCCCCCACGUGAACAAGUCGUCAAACUUUCUACCAAGCUGUCAUCUGUUUCCCUGAGAGGACUCAGUUCUUCCAACUCAGCGAGUGAUAUCAGCGGCAAUGAUUUCCAUGGAAACUACGCCUUUGAAGGAAUCGGGGACGAUGACCUGUGAUAGAGCCACCAUUAUAGACUGAAGGAAGGAGCGAUACAAUUAGUUUCGUAGUUUAGCAGACGCCCUGUUCUCGUAAUUUUUUCAUCUAUGAAAAAACAUAUUUUUCAAACAUAACAGCUCUGUUAAUAGCCAUGCAUAAACUCUUUUCGCUGCCAAACUUUAGUCUUGAAUUCAAAACUCUUUAAGUGUUUCUAUAAGACAUAAUUGGGGUCAACAUUUAAAUUAAUACAGGAUUACAAAGUUGCCUCAGACCAAGUUAUUGCAUUAAAAAGAGAUGUAGGCUGUGAUGAAGGUUUUUUUUCUGCAAACAGGCUGCAUUAAAUCGUACUUCCUUACUAGAGACACAAAACUGUGCUUUUCCUCUUGUAUCUCAUCAUCAUGCAGGCGUGAAUUCGAUUUCAACCACCUUAUUUCCUUUUGCUUGUGACUGCAACUGUCUAUUUGAGUCCUAUCCAUACCAGUUAAUUGUGUUUAUACUCCCUUUUAAAAUGUAUGGAGAAUAUUAUUUAAUAAAGACGCGGUUUGCUUUAUAAUGUGCGAUGUGCCAACGUUUGCCGAUUAACCAACCUAAUGCGUGAAAGAGUCAUUAUGUGAUUCUCGUUUGCUCUGAAGAUGUAACACAACCGCUAACUUGACGUGAUGCCUGUUGCAUAUUCAUUAUGGCGCCUGUGCUGUAAGUAUAUAAAAAUCACUCUUCUGAUAGUGGCCUGCUUUUUUCUGCCUUACACUGAUUCCACCGCCUUACAGAUCAAAACCUUCUCAAAUGAAAGUCAAUGUAGCACCAGGGACAAGGGGCCUGAAAGAUGUGUCCUGAAUCUUGCCCGUUUGUUCGGUUCGGUAGGCCCGCCUCACCAGCCGAACCCGUGUAUUUUGCACAGUAUUAGGAAAGGUUGAAUGGCCUGGAUAUUUAUUGAGAUAUUAAGUGCGGAAAACAUCCAGGGGAACGUUUGCGAGAGGUUUGUCAUUUCAUUUUUGUGUUUGUCUGUUGUUCGAACAACAGACAAUCGAAAAGGUUUCUCAUAAAUGCCAAAAUGAUAGCUCACUAAAGCAUUUUGCACAAGAAAUAAAUUCAUGGUAAUGUCACUUUUUAAAUGUACAUGCAAUUAAAAAAAAAAGUAUUUACUAAUCUGUAUUAUCUUUAGUAUAUUACAACCAAGAUCAAAUAUAAUCAACAACUAACAUUUAUUAUGGUUUACAGAAUUGUAGAAAAUUGUUAAGAAGUGUUUACAAAUCUAAAUUUCAUUGAUGGUCUUAUGUAUGCUUUAUUUUGUAAAACAUCAUUCCAGUCAUUUUUCUCAUACAUUUUGUAUUUACUAAAUACAUUGUGGCAAUCAUCUCAGAAGACUGUGAUAAUGUGGUGCCUGGAAAAUAGUUGUAUCACAUUUAUGCUGGGGAUUUGACUGCAUUGCUAGUCAUAUAUUGAAUGAAAUACCCGAAUCCUUCAUUCUGCAGACAUGUACAUUUCCUCCCAUGUGCAGGGUGUGUUUAAUUCAGAGGUCGCUCUACUGCUUUAAGGGGGACUGAUUUAUUUUUGAACUAAUGACUGUAAUUUGUGAUUUUGAGAAUUUAAAGGGUUAUACUGUAUAUUCUCUUAAACUUGUACAUCUCUCAUAAAGCUCAUCAGUAUGAUUUGUUUUAUUUUUGAAUCCUCACAUGUUGAAUGAAAGGAUGAAAAUUAGAGCCUUCUGGGUUUCAAUAAAUGUAGGUGCCAAACAAUGCCA